CGUGCGGGGCGGAGCGGUUCGUCUCAGGCAGGCGCUGGCUGGGCAGUGAUGGCGGACGAUGGGGAUGGGAAGCUAAGGACUGAGCAGGCAGGCGGCGGCGGCAGCCCGGAGGAGCCGGAGGCUGCCGCCGGAGCGGGCAGCUGGCUGUGGGGAGGCGGCCUGCUGCUGAACGUGACGCUGUUGGCGCUCGUGGUGCUGGCGGCCUAUCAGCUCUACAGGCGCUGGGGCAAGCGGAGCGAAGCAGGGGGCGCGGCGCAGCAGAGCCAGGCCUCUUCCUUGCCCCGCAUGAAGCGGGGGGACUUCACUCUGGAGCAGCUGCGCGAGUACGACGGCGCGCGCACGCCGCGCAUCCUCCUGGCCGUCAACGGCAAAGUCUUCGACGUGACCAAAGGCAGCAAGUUCUACGGGCCCGAGGGUCCAUAUGGAAUAUUUGCUGGCAGAGAUGCCUCAAGGGGACUAGCAACUUUUCGUCUAGAUAAAGAUGCACUCAGAGACGAAUAUGAUGACCUAUCUGAUUUAAAUGCUGUGCAAAUGGAAAGUGUUAGAGAGUGGGAAAUGCAAUUUAAAGAAAAGUAUGACUAUGUCGGAAGACUCUUAAAACCAGGAGAGGAGCCGUCAGAAUAUACAGAUGAAGAAGAUACCAAGGAUCACACUAAACAGGAUUGAACUUUGUAAAUCACCAAAGUCAUGGGCCUUCAGAACUGCAAUCUUAUUUCCCAUCACAGAAUGCCCUGUCUUCAGGCACAGUUCAUCUGCUGCAGAAAUCAGCUCAACAAGUUUUGUACAAGAACAUACCAUCCUCCCUCAAUGAAGAGUUGAUUAGGCAUUUUUGUGCUGCCAAACUUUUUUUUGUUGCAGUUGAUGUCUGGAAAGGCUUCAUUAAUGAAGAGAGGCCAGGGAUUUAAAAUGGAAAAGCUGUUCCUUUUAGCCUGUUGAAGCCUUAGAACAGUUCAUUAUUUACAAACUUCAGUGUUUCAUGUCAUUUCUACUCCUUCGGCGCUAAAAAUGGAGAGCCUCAUUGUUUUUAAGGAAUUCUAGUAAAUUUGGCAACCAAAACAUUCAAAAAAUGGGAAUAUUCAAACUAUUCUGUGGGGCAUAUGUUUCCAUGCCUGAAAACUAUUUAAGAUCUCUACAGAGUACAGGGUUUCAAUAGAUUCCUCUGAAGGAUAGAGGAACACUAACUUCUCUGCAGAAGCUAUCAUUUGAAACCUGCCUUCUAUGCUUUUCCUUUCCCCUCAAUCAAAUCAGAAUAAUUGUGCCUUAUUUCACUUAAAAGACUUGAAUUGUUUUAAGGGAAAGCCCCAGAUGUGACAUGAGUCACUAAAAGCAGCAUUGAGGACUGAAGUUAGAACACUUGGUAGACUGGAAAACAUUGUCAUUCUGUAUAUAGAAUGUAAAGGAAAACUCAGUGUUACUGCCAUAUAUAUAUAUAUAUGUUAAUAUAAUUAGCAUUGAAAUAGCCAAAUGCAUUUUCCCCAUUUGCUUUUUAAAUAAGCCCACCCCUUUCUUUCCCCAGGGAGCUCCCUAAAUUCGGAGCCUAGAUGCAUAUCUUAGAAGUGAGAAGUGUGCAUGGGCUGUGGGUAUGUCUAUGGAUGCUUGAGUGCAAGAAUUGGAAAGGAUGGUUCCUGCAGAUAUUGUAAAUAUGAAUACCAUUUUAAUAAAGCAUGUAAAAUACCAAAUGUGCUGUCAGACUUUAUGUAGAAGCUGUUAAGCUCUAGUAGGGGUAGACAGGUCUCUUACAUGUAUGGAGAAAAAGGAAAAAGUCUUGAAUAUAAAAUAUUUUUGCACUGUUCAUAAAUAAAGCUUUACCCAUUUUUCUUUACUGCAUUUAAUCCUUACUAGAAACAUACCUGAAUAAGUUUGGGUGAUUUUUUGGGAGCAAAACCAGCCACAUGUAGGGAGGAGACAAAAGGGUUAAGCAUGUAACUUAAGAGUACAUCUUUAUCUUGAAAUGCUUUGGUUUCAGUUUUGACUGAAGACCAUCACAGUUUUCUUAGUAUGUUAACCACACAGCAAUUUAAUAAAUAUGGCAAGUAAACAAUCUAUAGAAUGCUCUCGCAAACUAGUUGUCAGAAUAGCAGUGUAGCAUCAACAGUGAAAACUAUGCACUGACAGUGUCUUAGGCAUGAAUAAAAACCUAACUAGCAGUGAUUUUAAACCUGUCAAGGUAGUAUUUAAUGUUACUUUGUCCACAAUGACCAAAUGUGUCUGGCCAUGCUCAGACUGGCUUGUGACUGGAGAUUGCUUGUCUGGUUGUAUGUAGAAAGAUUUUCUGUAUCUGCUGCCCCCACUGUCAAUGUGCAUACACAUCCUUUUUAGUAAUUUGAAAGUGUCUACCCCCAUUCAUGAGCCAGUUAGUUCUUCUCCAAAAAAUUCCAUAAUUAAAAUUAUGCAGUCUGUUUUGAGAAAUGAACAACUUGUGUUCUGACUUUUGAAAUAAAGUGUUAUGUAGAUA